AUGCCACAAAUGUGUCCACGAUUCCGGUGCCAAGCUGCUAGCUUGCUAAUGCGACAAGCCGACCGAGGAGAACACCUCCGUCCUGUAAUACUGCUAAUGUCUACUAUGGGUUCUUCAGAAGCCAGGGCGUCCUCGAAAAACGAUGCGCAUUGUCCUUGCCCGGGCAAUGUGGCAAAUAUGCGAGAGCUACCGGCUAGAGGACGGAGCUGGCCGAAGAAGUUAGUCCGCCAUAGCCAGCAACAUCCAGUGCGCUUGGCAACACUUAACGUUGGGACGCUUACUGGAAGAAGUCGUGAACUGGCAGACAGUCUCAGAAAACGCUGUGCUGACAUAUGCUGUGCACAGGAGACUCCCUGGAAAGGCUCCAAGUCAAGGGAAUUAGGCGAUAAAAGAGAAGUGGAAUUGCGGGUACUCUCUAAUUAUGCGCCACAGGGGGGCUGUAGUGAAGAAGAGAAGGCGUGCUUUUGGGAAGAUCUGGAGCAGUACGUCCAAUCCCUGGAAGGCGAAGAAGUACUUCUAAUCGGAAGAGACUUCAACGAACAUGUCGAUUCUCGGAAAGACGGGUUCGAGAGUUGUCAUGAUGGAUACGGUUAUGGAGUUCGUAACGACGACGGGUUGCGAAUCCUGGAGUAUGCUGUUGCAAGUAACUUGAUCAUUGCUAACACGCAGUACCGCAAAAGAAAAUCGCAUUUGAUCACUUACACCAGCGGCGGUCGUCAAACACAAAUAGAUUUCUGGAUGUUAUGCCGACGAGGUCGCCGACUUCUGCAGGAUCGUAAGCCCAAUAUACAAAAGGCUACGUGGUUUUGGAACGAGGACGUUCAGGCGGCAACUUGUGAGAAGAAGUCCAAGUAUAAGCUUCAGCGAAGGACACGUCAGCCUGCAGAUCGGGAUGCUUACCUGGCGAAGAGGAGGGAGGCUAAGAAGGCAGUCUCCUGGGUGAAGUCGGACCGCUACAAAGCUGUAUGCGACAUGCUUGCUACCAGAGAAGGAGAGCCGGCAGUGUCGUUUAGUAAGAGCGCGUCAUCGUUCAACGUUGGAUAUGGAGCACACCAAUAUCGUUAA